UGGUUUAAACAAAGUACGCAUGCGUACUGUGUGUUUACCGUGAUGGCGGCGUCAAUGGAAAUAUGUGAGCUUCUGGAUUAAACAAAGAGUUUCUGGAUUAAACAAAACCAAUUGCUUUAAAUUAGACAAAUGAAACCAUGAACAGAGACAAGGAAAAGUCAAUGGAAGACACAUGGAAAACUGCCGAACUAAGAAGACACAUAAGAGAUGAAACACCAGUGGAAGAAUACGUCAGGAAGAGAGAGGACAGCCAGAGGAAGCACCGUGGAGGAGACAGACGUCACAGAGACACAGAGAAGGAGUCCAGACGUGAGAGGGACAAGCACGGAGACACAAGAGAGAAAAGACAUGAUGAAGAAAGGGACAGACAUGCAGAUGAGUCACAGGACAGGAGAAGUUACAAGGACAGAGACAGAAAAGAAGAGAGGGACAAAGACAGAGAGAGAAGAAAGGAAAGGGACAGACAGAAGCAUGACAUGAGAAAGAGCAGAGACAAAGACGGGGUAAAGGACAGAGAGGGACAUGAUGGAGGUGAGAGAGACAAAAGAAUGGAAAAAGAGAUAGAGGAGAGGGAGAAAAGGAGGGAGAGAAGGAGACAUGAGGAGGGUGGAAGUGGGAGAGAAGGAAGGGUUGAAAAACAUGACAGAGAAAAGAGACAGCGUCACCAGGAAAGAGAGCAACAGCGAGAUGAACGGGAGAAAAGAAAAAAAAAAGAUCAAGAGAGACACGGAGGACAGGAAGUGGAAAGAAGUAAAGACAGGGCUGGACAUAGAAGACACACAGUGGACAGAGAAGACGCUGGCCAACGGCAGAAGUACGACAGUGAUUCUCGACAGAAGACUUUGGAUGAGGAGGAAAGACAGCGUCACGGUGACAGAGAAGAAAGAAGACACCGAGACAAAGAAGGUGUGAGAGACAGAAGACGACCACAAGAAGAACGCCAUGAGAGAAUGGACGCCACGAAUGAAAAACGCCAUGAGAGAAUGGACGCCACGAAUGAAAAACGCCAUGAGAGAAUGGACGCCACGAACGAAGCAGCUGGAAAAAGUAAAGAACGUGAGACUAACAGGGUUAAAGCUGAGGCAGGUGAUGAAGAAGACCAUGACCAGGAAUAUGAAUAUGAAGAUGACUUUGAAAAAGCGGACUACGAGGAAGACUUUGAAGACUUCAACCCCAGUGAAGAUGAAAGUGAGUCUGAGUUUGAAGCGACCACAGAAGAAGUGACAGCAGAAAAGAAAAAAGAGAUUGAAUCCAUCCAGAGAGCGAUGAAGGAGGAGAACCAGAGAGUAGGAGUGGCUCAGUCCCCACGGGGGGGGGACCAGGGACAUCCAUGCUCCAAAGCCCCACAGCCCGGCAGGUUCAUCGACUUUGUGGCAGCCAAACAGCGUGAAGUCAACAAGAAAGUCUCCACCAGACAGAAGAAACGCAGCGCUGAGCUGCUGAGGUUGAUGGAGCUGGACUUCUCCCUGACCACCUCUCUGUUGGACCUCCCCCCUGUGAACGAAUACGACCGGUACAUCAGAACCUUUGGGAACACCAACACCACACAGGUCUACGUCCAGUGUCAUGAGGACAGACCAGAUCGAGACGUUCAAACAGAGGAGGUGGAGGUGGGGGAGAAGUGGACGCAGCACCCUGCAGAACACUGUGGACCCUGUGGAGAUCCAAACCUGUGUCAAGAAGACGGCGACAAAAACCUGAAGGAAUUGAACUUUGAUUCCCAGCGCCUGGCAGCGUUCCUGCGCUGGGCCUCACAGGUCGUGGUCAUCCUGUUAGAAGACGACGAAGCUGAGAGGACAUCCCUGAGGAACCUCCAAUCACAGAGCCCCAAACUGUCCUUCAGUGAUGGGGGUGUACAGCUCAACACCCAGCUGCCUUUUCUUUGUGGUCGUCCAGUCAGUCUGGUCCAGUUCUCCCAGGUCCAGAGACACAUCAUGAUGUCGCUCCACCUGCCCACAGCCCAACCCACUGACGCACAUCUGGACAGCUGCACCGUCAUCUGCGUCUGGAACAUCUGGGAGCCGUCCAGACCUCAGAAGGUCCUUGUGUAUGAAUCUGAGGUGCAGUGCUGCUGCUUCAGUCCAGGGAAGCCCUGGUUGGUCUGUGCAGGGACCUCAGUGGGUUCUCUGCUCCUGUGGGACCUGAGAGAACCUGCUGCCAACCACCACCGUCUGAGGAUGGAGGACCAGGACUGGACCUUCAGACAGCCGACCUUCUCCACUGACGCAGUGAUGGCUGGUUCAGGACAUUUGUCAACUGUGGUAUCGUUAGAAGUGGCCCCCACCACUGCAGUGGGGGCCCUGGGGUCAGAGGUCACCCUGCUGUCAUCUGAGGAAGACUCAGAGUCGGGGGGGUCCUUCCAGCUGACCUCCUUGGACCAAACAGGACUUCUGAAUUUCUGGGUGGUGCUGGAACUCCCCAAAGCUAACGACUCAGGCUCCUCCACAGACCUAGGACUGCGGCCUGGAGGCAGAGUGAAGUUACUCCACAGCUCCUCCCUCCACACGGCUGAGAGAGAUGCAGUGAGAACAGGACCUUCACAGAACCUCCACCUGAAGUUUCUGCCCUCUGACUCCAACCACUUCUUCAUCGGCACCAACAUGGGUUUGGUCCGACAUGGAACCAGUCACGGACUGAAGGCAUCUCCCCAGGUUUACAGGUUCCAGGAGGCUGGGGUCCGACCGGUGGAAGUCACUUCCAUACACUUUUCUCCCUUCAGACCUGAUUUGUUCCUGGUGGGAUGUUCUGAUGGUUGCAUCAGGCUCCAUGCAGUGAGUCAGGAGCAGCCUGUGUCACAGUGGAGGUCCAGUACGGCAGGACAGGCCGUGGUGUCACUGCACUGGGCUCAAACCAGAGCCACGCUCUUCUGUGUCCUAGACUCCGCCUCCAUCCUCUACAUAUGGGACCUAAUGAGAGACGACACGGAGCCUGUGAUCACAGAGCGACUGUCUGCAGACAGGGUGACCGCCAUGACUGUGUUUGGAGACUCAGGACCACAGAGCACGUACUCAGGCCUGGCUCUGGUGGAGCAGUCAGGAAACAUAGUACUGCAGUACUUCAGCAGAAACUGGAGCGUGUCUACUCCUGCAGAGGAGGAGAAGCUGCAGAGCAUGAUGGGAGAAGUUUGGUAGGAUUCAGUGAGGAGACAACAGUGUGUUCAGGUUUCAUACUUCACUUUGACCAGCAAAAAACGACUGAAACAUUUUCUCCAUGAAAAGACAGUUCAGACACAGUAAUCCUGUUUAUAUGAAGACGUCCACAUUGUUGUGAUCUUUGUUUGUUGAAUAAUAAACUAUAUUUAACUAUAUUCACAAAUGAUAUGUCGUCUUUAAUCCUCCUUAUUUAUACAUUUAACUUUGAACCAAAGUGACCGACAAAGAGAGGAGACGAGGGCGUGAGGGAAGAGGAGGUGCUUCCUGAAGAGACCACAGACCCCCUCUUCUGGCUACAUUCAUGAACUGCAAUGGUACCAAUUUAAUAUGAAGCUCUGUUUUAUUCAGUGACAUCUGUAGUGGGAGGGGCCUGCUCCAUCUGUCCUCAGUCUGAACACCAUCAACGUCUGGGUUUAACACAACCAAAUGUGGUUAACCCAUCACCACAGUCAGCAGGGGGCAGCAGUGUGCGAGGACGUUGCCUUGCUCAGAGCACCUCAGUGGUAACUUGGCAGCUGGUGGACUU